GGUGGGUGGCCUGGCGGCAGGGGUCCACUUCUGUAGUCUCCACUGGUGGGGUAUCAGAAGCUGGCGACGCCGCUCGCUGGUGCCAGGGUUCUGCCAGGUCCCACCGCCAAAAAGUCGAGGAUGGUAGCGCGCCGAUGACUGCCCAUGAUUGUGCUGGAUGCUCGACUUGCCCUGCUCGUGUGCUCGGUUCUUGAUACUGCAUCGCCACACCUGAUGCCGCCGCAGCGAUGGGGUCCAGCGCCAGGAAGAAGAAGGAGAAGCAGAAGGACUUCCAGAAGCCCAAGCUAAAGGUGGGCAAGGCGAAGCCCAAGGCCAACAACUUUACCGACACGAGCUUCAAGUCGAAAGCGAUCGUUCUGCAACAGCAGCUCACCGAUAACGCCCCGACGGUAGUCGAGAGGUUCAAGCACAACUUCUCCCUUGUCGGCUCGCGCUCAGACACACACCGGCGAGAUGCGCUCGCAUAUUUGACCAGUCAACUCUCCACGAACCCUCCCACGAAUCCCGUGGGCACCUCGGCACUUCUACACAAAGUCCUGCCCAUCAUGUCCGAUUCGUCAAAGUCGGUCAGAGCCAACUUGCUCAAGUUAUUGCAAUGCCUGCCGGCAGAUCAGGUUCGGCCGCACGUGGAGAGGAUAAUUCUGUAUAUCCGCGGUGCCAUGACAAACAUCUCGCAGGAGGUCAAGGACGAUGGCCUGAGCUACAUGGAGUGGCUUCUCGAUACGGCAGGCGACGAUGUUGUGGCCAGCGCAGGAUGCUGGGUCAAGCCUCUUAACGACUUCAUUGCCGUGCUGGGAUGGAGCAUACGGCCUCCGCCCAGCACAGGUCCCAAGUCCGGCUGGACGCAAGCGCCUCGGACCACAUUCGGCGCCAAGAAGCACGGAGAGUCGUUCCCGAGACAGAUGAUGGUGCUGGCCAAAUUCCUCGAGGUGGGGUUCCGCGCAGAGAGCUCGCCACCGUGGACACCCCGGGACUGGCUGAACGGCCUGAGCGUCGUGCCGCGCCAUCCCGAUCCUUACGGAUACAUUGGGCUGUUCAAACCGGCCAGAGAUGAGGACAGCGAGAUGUACAAGACCAAGCAAGACCGGUUAGAAGUCUUCAAUAAGAAGUUUCGAGAGGCCAUCGAGGUGGGUGUUGACUUAGGCAGGAAAGAAGGAGGCACUGCAGGUCGAGCUGCCGCGACGCUCGCGGCGACCCUGCUCAAAGGAGCUGGCAGCGGCAAUACUGCAUCACGAUUUGACGACGACGACGAACAACACCUUUGGGCUGGGUAUAUUAUGUAGGGUGUAGUCUGGGGGAGAGCAAACGAACCUGCUUUUUGUUGUCGUUGCAGUCAACGGCCAAGAGAUACCAAUAUCAUUAUUUAGCGUUCGCAAACUUCGAGAGUAUCACAGCAGCGGACUGCACCCCAAAGUUCUGGAGCACCUGAGCGGACUUGUCGACACUGACGAUUGGUCGAGGAUUGAUUUGACACAUACAGAAGCUGGACGCGAAAGUCAUCCUGCAGCACAAUCACCCAUCUCAGCAGCGUUUUCUGCGGUUGCCAAGCGGGAUGACUUGUUGAGCAGUCUUUGGCACCUUGUCUCUAUGC